UAUGUCUAAAAAUAGGCGGUCUUGGGAACGGCAUAAUGAAAAUGAUAGACAAAAUAAGAAAAAAAAAUCUCUUGAGCCGUCUAAUGCCAGUGUUUUAUGGUCUGAAGCAGACAAUACCCUCUUCGCGGAUGUUAAAUUGAAUAAUUCUGUGUAUAGUGAUCAGCAAAAUAAGCAACAAUUUCUUAAUAAUAAUUCAGAUAACAGUUUGUUCAAUGCGUUAAUAAUACCUACGGAUAAUAAUACCCCUACUAAUCAAAGUGCAACCCCAUUAACGCAAAUAUUACCCAAUAUUGACGGCAAUGAUACAUUGUUUACAGAGAUUAAUUUGAAUGAAUUACUUGAAAAAAAAGAUAACAAUGGACAAAUGGAAUCCAUUAAACCGUCAUCCUGUGAUGAAAACGACAAUUCCUCAUUUGAAGAUGGGCUGCAGAAUACCCAAAGAUUUCUAAAUGACGUAGCUUUCAAGGUUCCCGAGCGAAUAACUAGUAUUCGUAAUGUUGCGAAAGAAAAUCAAGCAUUUAUUGAGGAAACUAAUGUCAAUGCAAAUAGCUUUGUACAAGGCACCCAGUAUGAAACACGAGAAGAAAUACAAAAUCGUAUUCUAACGGAUGAAUCAAACAGAACUCAUAAUCAGCUUAAUCAGCAGUUAGAGAAUUUGUCCAGUCUGAAUUGGGAAACACAGCUAUUUGCCGAAGUUCUAGACAUGGUUCCUAAUAAAGGUCACUUUUACGGCCUGCCCGAAAAAGUAAAGCAAAUGAUUUUCGAGCAUAAACAGAUUAAAAGCUUAUAUGAAUGGCAAGAUGAGUGUUUAAAUUUGCCUGCUGUACGACAACGUAAAAAUUUAAUUUAUGCCUUGCCUACUAGCGGUGGCAAGACAUUGGUAGCCGAAAUUCUUAUACUGCGCGAAUUAAUUUGUCGAGAAAAGAAUGUUCUAUUUAUUUUACCCUAUGUAUCGAUUGUUCAGGAGAAGGUCAGCUCUAUGUCCCCAUUUGCUAUUAAUUUAGACUUUUUAGUCGAAGAAUACACAGCUGGCAGGGGUAAAUGCCCGCCGAUACCCCGCCGAAAACGUCAAAGUGUCUAUAUAGCUUCAAUUGAGAAAGGAUCCAUAUUAUUUGAUAGUUUAAUUGAAGCUCACAGAGCCAAUGAAAUUGGUUUAGUGGUUAUUGAUGAAUUGCAUUUGGUGGGUGAACGGGGACGGGGAUCAACUUUGGAAAUUUUAUUGACAAAAAUUAUGUAUUUGAAUGCCAAUAUACAAGUGGUUGGAAUGAGUGCUACGAUAGGUAACUUAGCUGAACUAUCAAAAUUCUUAAAUGCCGAUGUUUACACAAGAGGUUUUCGUCCUGUGGAACUCAAGGAAUACGUUAAAUGUGGUUGCGAUAUAUUGGAAAUCAAUUUGACGGAAAAGUCUCUGGAGGAAAUAUUCGUUUAUAAACGGACUGUUAAGUUUAAUUAUAGCGAAGCAGUGCUCCGCUCUGAUCCAGAUCAUUUGGCCGGCCUAGUUGCUGAAUGUUGUCCAAAAAACAAUUGUUUAAUAUUCUGCUCGUCACGUAAAAAUUGCGAAAAUGUAGCCGUUUUAUUAAGUCGUAUUUUGCCAAAACCCAAAUUCCUUGAUUAUCGUAAACGUGAUAAAGAUGAUCUAAUGGAUGCUUUGGAUAAAGUUUGUGGUAUUCUAAGUCCUGUGUUGGCUCGCACAAUACCAUAUGGCGUUGCUUACCAUCAUUCUGGCUUAACUACUGAUGAACGUAAAUUUAUAGAGACUGCUUAUCGUCUUGGAACAUUAUGUGUGAUAUGUUGUACAUCAACUUUGGCAGCUGGUGUUAAUUUACCCGCAAAAAGGGUUAUAAUAAGAGCUCCUUAUGUUGGCGCAGAAUUCAUGACCUUGUGCAAAUAUAAGCAAAUGGUUGGUCGUGCUGGACGCGCCGGUUUAGGUGAAGCCGGUGAAAGCAUUUUGAUUUGUUCUAGUCGUGACAAUAUUCGAGUGGGAGAAAUGUUAUUCUCACCCAUGGAUAAAGCUUGCAGCUCAUUAGAUUUUCAAGGACAAGCUGGUAUAAAGUCAUUGGUUUUAAGUGCUAUUGGCUUAGGGUUGGCUUCUUGUCCCAGUGAUUUAUACCGUUUAUUUGGGCUGACAUUAUUAGCAGUUCAAUCUGAACAGUUGCAUGUCUCGGUGGAUUCUAUGGUUAGGGAUAUUUUAAAGAACAUGUUUAGAAACAAAGUUUUAAAGAUGUCUACUAGCCAGUCAUCCAUUAAAGAUGGAGCGGAUAUUGUUACCUCACAAGAUAUACAAAACAAAGUUGACGUCAGCCAACUAAAUGAAAAGAAAUUAAUUAUAAGUAAAAAUUCUCGCUUUGAGCUAACUACAAUUGGCAAAGCCGCUUUUAAGGCAAGCGUAGAUUACGUUAAAGCUUAUGCUAUUUAUAACGAGCUUAAAAUUGCUCAAAAACAUUUAAUACUGACCAAUUUUGCUCACAUCCUAUAUCUGGUAGUUGCCUUCAAUUCAAAUGCAAAUGCAGAUGACUUAUUUUCGGCGGAUGCUUCAAUUCUUUUUCGAGCCUACGAACAGUUGGAUGAUAUAACGCGAAUGCUCUUCACACUUAUAGGCUUCACUGAAGCUCACGCUGCCAAGAUGGGUAAAACUAUGUCUAUUCAAGGACCAUUAGAAAAGCAAUCGAAUCGUUUGUACAAAGUUUUAAUAUUAAACGAUAUAAUCAAUUUGAUGCCAUUGCCGACAGUAGCUACUAAAUACAAUAUAGAACGCGGCCUUUUGCAAAGCCUAACCGGCCAAACUACGGCUGGAGCGAACGCUUUGAUACGGCUAUGCAAUGAGAUAAAUGAAUUCUGGUGCUUUAAUGCAUUAUUCGAUCAACUUGCUAAAAAAAUAGAUAGAUGCGGUACCUUAGAACUGGAGCCCUUGUUGGAAUUGCCUAGCGUGAAAACUAAUCGAGCUAAACAACUAUAUACUGCCGGCUAUAAAACGAUUGAAGAUAUAGCGAAAGUGCGCCCCAUUGAUUUGGUGAAAAAUAUAGAACAUAUGCCUAUGAAAGUAGCAAAAGAAAUUGUAUCCGCUGCGAAGAUUAUAAUUAUGAAAAGAUUGGAUCAUCUUGAAGAGGAAACGGAAGCGCUUAAAGUUUGUCUCAGACCAAAUAAUUGGAAUGAUUAAUAAAAUAAGUUCGCAUAGCAAUACUACUUACAUGAUACUACUUAAGUGAUAUUUUUAAGAAAACUUGUUUUAUAAACACACACUUGUUUUAUAAAUAAUUAAAAAUUGUACUUUUAUUUUUCUAUUUAUCAAAACUUUCUUUAACACUA